GAAAGUAUUCUAAUAGCAAGGACAAGAGAGUGAAAGAGGAAGCAAGGAAAGAAAAUGAUCAUUGGUGGAAUAAAGUGAGUUAAACAGCACAUGUCCAGGAGGAGACAGAGUGGGCAGAGGAGAACCAGAGAGGGAGCGAAAAGCAGAAUUAUUUUUGCCAAAAAUAGCGGCCUCAGACAAAGGUUUGUGUGUUUAUCCACCAGCAGGUCAAAAUAUGGCGCUUUUCCCAUUCUGCAAGACGCCCGCAGGACCAGUCAGAGUGAGAAGAAUACAACUGGUUCUGUACUGUCUUCUCCUGUCUCUUAUCAUAUACUUCCUCAAUGGGCGUAAAGCAGCUGUCAGUGUGGAGUCACCUCAUCCUAUCUUUCAUGCCUUGGGAAUGGACCGGACCGACAUGCCGGUCAUCAAGGCAACGGCGCCACAAACUCCUCUGGAGACACCUUGGGGUGCUCCUUUAGUGUGGGGCGACACCCAGAAGUCAGAUUGGCACAGGGCUAAAUUCGCACAACAGGAAAGCCGUAUAGGUCUGCUGGCCCUCGUUGUGGGAACGUAUGCCCAGUACGUGCAGCGUUUCCUCUCCUCGGCUGAAAUCCACUUCCUCCCCGGUCAGAUGGUCACCUACUACAUUCUCACAGACAACCCCCGCACCCUGGAUCCCCCCAUCGAUCUGGGCCCUGAACGACAGCUGAAGGUAGUUCCGGUUGCAGAGCUGCCCGGGUGGGAGAGGUUGGCUCGUCGCCGGAUGGUCCUGCUUGCUGAUGUCAUCAAACACCCGAUCAGUAGCGAGGUUGAGUACAUCUUCUGCGCUGACAUCGAUCAGGAGUUCGUGGCCCCUGUGGGAGAGGAAAUCCUGGGAGACCUGGUGGCCACGUUGCACCCAGAGCUCUACGGGAUGCCAAGAAAUGCAUUUCCUUACGAAAUCGAAGAGGUCUCAUCAGCUUGCGUGGAGGAGGAUGAGGGAGACUACUAUUACACCUCUGAGUUGUAUGGAGGGUUGGUUUCUGAGAUGUACAGUCUGGCUCGAGCCUGUUCUUUGCUUAUUCUGCAGGACCAGGCUAACGGGGUAGUGGCCAGGGGCCUUGAGGAGAGCUACUUGAACCGCUACUUGAUCGAUAACAGGCCCACCUGUGUGCUUUCCCCAGAGUACAGCUGGUGGGACUCAGCCCUGGCUCCUGAUGUGCGUGUACAGAGGCUGGUAUCCUUGGGAAGGAAAUGCGAGGCUUAUGAUAAGCAGAAAGAGAAUCAAUGUAAAAUGUAGGGUUCUGCUGGCCGAGCCCACUGAAGUAUGAAUGUAGAUCUCACUCCAACAUGAAGAACUAUUGUUUUCAGUGUUACAUUUCCUUUUUGGGGAAGGUCUCAAAAAUGAGCAAACAGUGUUAUGACAGGACAUGGGAUGAAUUAAUACUUCAUAAUUUCCAUUUUGUUUUCUGUUCUAUUAGCCAAUAACUGUAGCCUGCAAUCACACACAAGCAAACUGCACAAUCUGCUCUCAAUUAAAGACCCAUUUGUGUGAACAGUUUGUCUGCGUGCUAUCUCUUCCACAGCAGACAAAAUAAAGAAAGUGACCUGUCUCUUUAAACGGAGCACUGUGCUCUCCAUUAAUGUCAGCCUCGGAGAUACUGCUCCAGUGGCUUUGUGGUCAACAGCGAUAAGAGUCAACAGUGUAAGUGCACACUUUCCCCGCAGUGGCCAAUCAUUAACUGGAAGAGCUGCUGUUUCAAGGUCCUUAAAUACCAGGUGUGGGGGGGGAAGAUGGAUAUAACGGGGUGCUGUUUCUCCAGGUUACAGGAGUUACCAGGUUUACACUUCAGCCAACAGUAAAAUAGGUUUGAAAUGUGGUGGAACUGGUUCUGGAAGUAAUAAAGUUAUUUUCAUUAAAAAAAUGUAUA